AUGCAAUUCAAGUCCGUGGUUGCUCUUGCCGCCGUUGCCGGUGUGGCUUUCGCUAACAGUCCUUGUUUUACUUCCUACCAUUAUCUUUCCCGUAAUCAAUGUUCACUUCCAACUUCACUCUCGAUUUUUACCCCUGUCAUUCUCAUACUAACUCCAGACUCUACCUUGACUACCGCUACUCCUUCGGUUACCAAGGCAUGUACCUUCAGCGACUUCACCGUCACUGCUGCUACCCAGGUUGCUCAGGUCGCCGCUUGCCCUACCGCCGUCGGUGACAUUAACUUCUCCGGUGAUGCUCUUGCUGCCAUCGACUUGACCGGUGUCAAGCAGGUGUUCGGUAACGUCAGAGUCAACGGUACCCAGAAGGUCACCGACUUUGUUGCUCCAGACUUGCAAUUGGUCUCUGGUGAGCUUAGACUCUCCGAUGCCACCAUCUUGGAAAAUGUCAACUUGGCUCAAUUGACUACCGUCGGUUCUCUUGUUUUCAACGCUUUGCCUGGUUUGGAACAAGCUGGUUUGACCUCUGGUAUCACUUCCGCCGACAGCAUCACCAUUGCCAACACCGGAUUGACCUCCUUAGAGGGUAUCGAUGUCUUUGAGUUGAAGGUCUUCGACGUCAACAACAACGAGGCCAUUAAAUUGAUCGACUCCGGCUUGAAGUCCGUCACCGACACCUUGUCUAUCAACUACAACUCCGAUGAAGUCGAUGUUGUGUUGGACCAGUUGACCCUGGCCAAGAACGUUGAGUUGCAGCAAAUUGCUUCUCUCUCUUUGGCUAACUUGACCUCCAUCACCGGUUCUCUCUCCUUGGACUCGAGCAGUUUCGACUCCUUCACUUUCGAGAACUUGAAGAACAUCAGCAACUCGCUCUCUAUCAGACAGAACGAUGACUUGACCGAGUUCGAAUUCCCACAGUUGACUAAGAUUGGUGGUGCUUUGAACGUCGAGGAAAACAGCAAGUUGACCUCUUUCUCUGGCUUCCCUCAGUUGGCCACUAUUGGUGGUUCCGUCAACCUUGAUGGUGACUUCAACAACGGAACCUUCCCUAAGUUGACCAGAGUUGAUGGUGGUUUCAACUUGACCUCUACUGGAGAAUUAUCUUGUGCUGCUUUCGUUUCCUUGAACGACAAGAGCGUCAUCAAGGGUGACCAAUUCUACUGUGAGGGUGCUUCUUCUACUGUGUCCUCCUCCUCUUCCAAGGCUGGAAACGUCAACGGUUCCUCUUCUGAGAGCUCCUCCGGCUCUGAAUCCUCAUCCUCUUCUUCCUCCUCUUCCACCAAAUCCAGCGGUGAUGCCCCAGCCUCCGGUGUUAAGGCUUUCUCCGUUUUGCUUGCUUUUGUUGGUUUGGGAGCUGUGGUCUAUUAA